AUGCUAGCCAAUAGAGUGACAAUUCCUAUUAAAACAGCACCAAUUAGCUCAAUUUUCAUCAGGUACUCCAGUACAAGCUACGAGUCGCUCCUUCACAACUCAGUGGAAAGUGUCAGCCAAAUAUUGGAAAAAAGUGAUCGAUCGUCAUACAUCUUGGCUCAAUAUAUCCCCGAGCCAGCCAGAAAUACAUUCCUAGCCAUAAGAGCUUUCAAUCUUGAAAUUAACAAGAUCAAUGAAGGUGGGAAGAAUGUCCAAUCUCGAGCAUCUAUGGCAUCAAGGCAAAUGACGCAAACAUUGGGAGUGUCGACUGGUGAUUUGAAAUUUAAAUUUUGGAGUGAUUUACUACUACGAGUAUUUACUGAAGAUUCCGAUAGUCUGAAAGAUUUGGGCGAGCCGAUUGCAAUUUUACUCAGAGAUGGAUUAAAGAAUAAUAUGAAUAUAGAUUUAUCAUUUUUGCAAAAAUUCCUACAAACAAAACGUUCAUUUAUAAAGAAUAACGCAUCGUUUAGCACCAUUAAUGAAAUUUGCAGCUAUGGAGAAGGAACAUAUUCACAAUUGAAUUAUUUGACUCAACAAGUUUUGCUAUCUCCAUCCAUUUCGCCAUCUUCGAUUCAACUUUUGCAAUAUUCCCCCACUCUACAAUCACUCCUUACUGACAUUGCCGCUCAUAUUGGUCAAGCAACAGCAAUAGCAUCAAUGAUUACUGGUGUGAGGUACUACGCCUCAACAAGAAACCAAGUGCCCCUUCCAAUUGAUGUGAUGAGUAAACAUGAUUUAUCACAAGAGGAUGUUUUGAGAUUAUUUCAGGGGCACACAGCCGACGCAAAGAAUGAUCAAGAUGUGCGUCACAAAAUCAACCUGGUGGUUUAUGACACGGCAGUUGUUGCAAAUGACCAUAUGUUGACAGCAAAUAAAAAACUUGGCGAUUUUAAAAAGGAAGUGGCUCAAGUCAUUACCUUGCAUUCAGAUGACAAAAGUUUUCAAAAUUUUGCUAGAAAAUGGAGAGGGAAAAUCCCUGAUGCCAUUUUUACCCCCUUGAUGGUUGGUAUACCCACUAGUUUAUACUUGAAAAAAUUGGAGAAACACGAUUUUGAUAUUUUAAACACCAACUUACAACAACCAGAGUGGAGACUUGCUUGGACAUCGUUCAAGGAUUAUUACUUGCGGAAAAUAUAG